AUGAAUUCGGAGAAAACUAUAUGUGAUUCGUUCAGACAAGAAGCAAUGUCGAGGGGAUCUCGGCUCCUCCUCUGUCGCGCUUCAUUUUCUUACCUUCUUCUCUCCGAUCAUCAUGAUCGACAUCUUCAUCAUCAGAUCUUACACAAUUUCAUCAGAAGCAACUCAAUUCGUACACCAAUCAGUAUCAAGGCCUUCCUCUCCGAUCCAUCUCCAUCUCCAAUUGGCUCCCGAGUCAACUCACGCGUCCUCUUCUUCUCCACGAAGAUCAUCAUUACUCUUGUAGAUGGGUUUGCAAUAAUAGUGGCGGUGCGAAGGCGCGCCGAAGAUCGGGAUUAA